CGAGGCCAACUAUACUCAUCUUCUUGUUCAAUAUGGCAAAGAAGGGCAGCUCAUUUUCAAUAAUAAUUACAUGUCACAGUGGGCAGAGCAAUUGAGUGCACGAAAUAAUAUUGAGAUACAAGGCUUUGGGUUCAACAAGAACGGUCUUGCACAGGAGAUGCACUCUGCCAAGGGCAAUAAUGGCAACGCAGAAGGCGUGGUCAUAAGCCAUGCAGGCUCUGGCUCUAUUCUAGAUGGGUUACGGAUCGCUGUUCCUCUCAUUGUUGUCCCCAACCCUUCACUAUUGAAUAAUCAUCAGAUCGCGCUUGCGGAGGAGUUGGCAUCGAUGGGCUAUGUGGUACAUGGAAAAUUGGCAUAGAGUAACCCC